CCGUCCUCCACGUGUCCCGGGUGUUCGGUCCGGUGAGUUUACCUGCAAAGACCCGGCGGGCAGUCCGGCUGCAGCGACACUCUGCUCCGGUGAGUGUCUCUGAUGUCCGUGCAUUAAUUUGGCUCGGCUCGGCUCGGCUCGGCCCGGCUCGGCUCGACUCGGCCCGGCUCGGCCCGGCUCAACGCAGCGGUGAAGCAGCUCGGCGGGUUGGGAGCGGAUGUGGAGCAGGAUCACAAACCGGGUCGUUUGGUUCUAGUUCAUAUCAAGUCUUUUCACCUGGAUGAGACCUCCAGCUCUGGUACUGUCAGUCUCCAGUGGAAACAUCUCACAGACUGAAGACGGGUCCACGUUAAUGAGGUUCUGAAAGCUGCAGGAUGUCUGAAGAGAGUCCACAGGAGGGGCAGCAAUCCCAGUCCACCCUGUCCCCAUCCCAGGCCCAGUCCCAGUCCACCCAGUCUACCCAGUCCCCAUCCCAGUCUAAGUCCCAGUCCCAGACUGGCUCUAGUUCUUCCAGUGGGCCAACCUCAGCCAGCCAGUCGUCCAGUGGCUCUGGGACGCUGAGCAGCGUGGACACCCUCCCCGUCACCCUGCCGUCCGUCCCUGAGGAGCCCGAGGCUGAACCCUGGGGCCGCCUGCUGCCCAUGGCCCGAGGCUUCAGGAGCCACGACUGUAUUGAGGACCAGUACCUGUUUGGACGGGACUCAAAGUGUAACUAUGUGCUCGAUGAUCCAGAUGACAGAAGGUCCAAAAAGUUCCGAAUCUACAGCAAGAAACACUUCAGGAUCUACAGAGAGGGCAGCGAGGUGUUUGUGGAGGACUACAGUAACAACGGGACGUUUGUUGACGGGAUUCUGAUCGGAAAAGACAAAAAGCUUCCUCUGGUCAACAAUGCCGUGCUAGCUCUGUCUGAGCAGCGCAACCGAGUCUUUGUCUUCAUUGAUCUGAUGUCAGACGAUCAGUCUUGUUUACCGAAGGAGCUUCAGGAGAAAUAUCUGCUGACACGACGGAUUGGCACAGGUGUAUGUGGGGAAGUGAAGCUGGCCUUCGAGCGCUCCACCUGCAGAAAGUUUGCAGUUAAAAUCAUAAACAAGAAGAACUUUCAGUCUGAAGGGACGGCAACACGAAAUGCAAAGACAGAGAUUGAGAUCCUGCAGAGAGUCGACCAUCCUUGUCUCAUCAGGACGGAGGACUUCUACCAGACGGAGGACAGCUACUACAUCGUGUUGGAGCUGAUGGAGGGGGGGGAGCUGUUUCAUCGGGUCAAGUUGAAGCAGCAGCUUGAUGAGCCCGUGGCCAAACUUUACUUCUACCAGAUGUUGAGAGCGGUCCAGUAUCUCCACAGUAACGGGAUCAUCCACAGAGACCUGAAACCAGAGAACGUCCUGCUGUCCUCUCAGGAAGACAUCUGUCUCAUCAAGGUGACAGACUUCAACCAGUCCAGGAUCCUGGAGGAGGCCAUGUUGAUGAGGACUCUGUGUGGGACUCCAUCUUACCUCGCUCCUGAAGUCUUCACUCACGCCUCCACCACAGGGUACGGCCUCGCCGUGGACGCCUGGAGCCUCGGGGUCCUGCUCUUCGUCUGUCUUGGUGGUUAUCCACCAUUCCACGAGGAUUUUGGGAAUCAUUCGAUCACAGAGCAGAUAAUCAGUGGAGAGUUCACCAUGGUUCCAUCCAAGUGGAGAAACAUUUCUGACCAAGCAAAGGAUGUGGUGAGGAAGCUGCUGGUUGUUGAUCCCAGUAAGAGGAUGACGAUCGACGAGGCUCUGCAGCAUCCCUGGCUACAGGAUCAGGUGAUGGUGCGGACAGCUCACAGACUGAUGUACCAUGAUGAUGAUGAUGAUGAUGCUGUCAUGCAAGUGGCGGGACCAGCAGCAGCUGGAGGUGUCGGGCGGAAACGAAGACGAGUCGAGGAAGAGGUUGAGGACCAUCCGGCCAAACGGAGCCAAGCCCCGCCCCCUGCCCCACUGUAGAAGGCCAAUUGGAUCCACACUAGCUCACUACUGCAAAACUGUAAAUAAGUUUAUUUUCUAAUAAAGUUUUUUAUUUUUAA